CUUGGAGGAAGUUCCUCCUCUGUCCCGCGUCCUCCCUCUCCGAGCACAUUUUUAUGGUAAUAAGACAACAAAUUAAUCUGCUGUUGCAACAAGACUUCCCUACAGGUAGCCAGUUUGCGGGAGGGGGCAAGGGGAAGCAGAAUCAAAGUCCAGACGCUGCCCCCCUGCCAAGAUCCCCCUCCCCAGCCCCAUUCCUCCCCAACUGCACAGCCCUGUACAUUGGAGCAGAUCUCGAAAGUCAGCGGGGGAAAGCAAGACACCCAAGCGGGGAGGAGAGAAGCGAAGAAAAGGCCGCGGUGGAUCUACUGUUUUGCAGCCGUCCCGGGGAGACGGGCCAUUAGGCAGGGGAGCCAUGGCUCAGAGCUCAGGGAGAGCAGUAUUGAAGUUGAGUUUUAGAGGCGACACGGCGGCUUCAGCCGAUUUCUUCCCCUUCCUUUGCCUCCCCAUGGAUAUGCACUGCAAGGCAGACCCCUUCUCAGCAAUGCACCGGCACGGGGGUGUGAACCAGCUCGGGGGGGUGUUUGUGAACGGCAGGCCCCUACCUGACGUGGUGAGACAAAGGAUAGUGGAGCUGGCUCACCAGGGGGUGCGACCCUGUGACAUUUCCAGGCAGCUGCGGGUCAGCCACGGUUGUGUCAGCAAGAUCCUGGGCAGGUAUUACGAGACGGGGAGCAUCAAGCCUGGCGUGAUCGGAGGGUCCAAACCCAAAGUAGCGACCCCCAAAGUAGUGGAUAAAAUCGCCGAGUACAAGAGACAAAACCCGACAAUGUUCGCCUGGGAGAUCCGGGACAGGUUACUGGCCGAGGGCAUCUGCGACAACGACACGGUCCCCAGCGUCUCCUCCAUAAACAGGAUCAUCAGAACCAAAGUUCAGCAACCUUUUCACCCAACACCAGAUGGGAGUGGGACAGGUGUGACUGCACCAGGACAUACUAUCGUGCCCAGCACAGCAUCCCCUCCCGUCUCCAGUGCCUCCAAUGAUCCAGUGGGCUCUUACUCCAUUAACGGGAUCCUGGGGAUUCCUCGGUCGAAUGGCGAGAAGAGGAAACGUGAUGAAGAUGUAUCCGAGGGCUCAGUUCCCAACGGAGAUUCCCAGAGCAGCGUGGACAGUUUGCGGAAGCACCUUCGAGGCGACACUUUCACCCAGCAGCAGCUGGAAGCUUUAGAUCGAGUUUUUGAGCGUCCUUCUUACCCUGACGUCUUUCAAACAUCAGAACACAUCAAAUCUGAGCAGGGUAAUGAGUACUCCCUCCCAGCUCUGACCCCUGGUCUCGAUGAAGUCAAAUCAAGUCUAUCCACCUCUGCUAACCCAGACCUGGGGACAAAUGUGUCAGGACCCCAGACGUACCCUGUGGUGACCGAAAACCUCUCCUCUCCCCUCAGUAUAAAGCAAGAGCCUCAUGGAGCCUCUCUCACCCCUUUCACCCCCACCACGCCGGUCGGCUCUGGGAGGCUGAUCUUCAGCCCUUCCACAUGGCCCUUUCAGACGAUGCGUCCACGCCUUGCUACAGUGCCUUCCUUCAUCAUGGUGCCCUUUGGGCAGUCCAGCAGCCAGCCUCUGAUAGCAGGUCGUGAUAUGGCAAGCACCACCUUGCCUGGCUACCCACCCCAUGUUCCCCCAACUGGACAAGGCAGCUACCCAACCUCAACUCUUGCAGGAAUGGUUCCUGGGAGCGAGUUCUCAGGCAACCCCUACAGCCACCCUCAGUACACAACCUACAAUGAGGCCUGGCGGUUCAGCAACCCUGCAUUACUAAUGCCACAUCCCGGGGCUCCGCACCUCCCACUGCUGCCGCUGCCUAUGACCGCCACUAGUUACCAUGGAAACCACAUGAAACUACAGGGCGACAGCUUAGGCCUCCACAUUGUACCUGUCUGAUCACCUCCCCCCAUCCCUGGGAAGGGUGAAGAAUUUCUCCAUUCCUCCCCACAGUCCAGUUCCUUCCUCUUCGCCACGAAGGCACCGGACCAAGUGCUCACCACGCAAGACUGAGACCCUCACCCUCCCCUUGCCCUCUGCCCCUCUGCUCCCCCCAUGCCGGGAAGAGCCUGUGGCCAAGUGGCUUCUCCUGCAGGAGCCCUCCACCACUCCUGGGCAGAGUGCAGCCACACAAAGGCCCCUUAGCUUCCAGGACUUCAGGGGGACUGGGAAGCGAUACAGCUGGCAACCACUGCCUUACAGGACCCCCUUCCAGGACCGGUGAGGGCAGGGAGAACACCACUCAUGAAACACUGUUCCCCAAAGAUACGCUCUUCUGUGGUGGACUCUUCAAUGUGUGCAACACGUGAUGCUCACCCUGUUUCCCAGGACAGAGGGAACAGUCUGGCUAGAGCAGAGAUGGCAGUACAGAGACCUGGCCCAUCUGGCAAUGAAGAAAAGGACCAAGUACCUAUCUGCACCCCAUGAGGGGUUCUCUGUGCACCUCAUCCCAACUCUCCAGCAUGGCUUCCCCCAUAGUUGGCUGCACCUCACACGUGGUGACUUCACAGGCCAGAGUCGGAAGGAACCUCACACAUACACCCACAAUUUCUGUGACACACAAUCAGCUCAGACAGGAGGAUGGAGCAACAUUUACAAACCAACCGACAAAAUGAAGAAAUAUAUAAAUAGAUAUAUAAAUAUAA